AUGUGGAUGGGGCCUUAUGGCCCUGGGCCCCGCCGGCCGGGGCCACUGAACCCGCGGGCGUCCCCGGUGCGGGCACCGGAGCCGAUGGCGCUGGGGUCCAUUGGAGUCCGGGAGGCGAUGACCAUGGUGGCCCCCCUGCCUGUGGGCCGUGUGGAUCUGAAAAAGGCCGAAGAGGCACAGAAGGCCGCUCAGGAGGCUGCUGCAGCCCGAGCACCGAAGCCUGCAGAUCCCAAGAAGGAGCUGGCGGAGAAAUUGCGGAAAGUCCAGGACGAAGAGAAUGGACGAGUCCUGUGGUGGAGUUUUUGCAAAGUGCACGCCAAUGGGCAGCUUGAUCCCAACCAGCAUGAUGCAGCGUUUUUGCUGACCUUUUUCGAGUGCUUUGAGAAGGGUGACAUCCUGGAGGAGCCUGGCUGCCCAAACUCAGUGAGAUUUGGUCAACAAGCAGUGCGCAAAGGCGUGUCCAAAGGAAAAGGCCGGCCUCCCAUGAAUGUGGCUGCUGCCAAAGGCGGCAAAGGGCCGAUCACUGGCUGGGGCGGCAUGUGGGGAAUGGGCAAGGGAGGAAAGGGAAAAGCUGUUGGAAAUCCCACGGGCUCUGGCUGUGGGGGUUGUGGUGGCUAUGGUCCCGUCCCCCGCAGCGGCCCCUGUGGCUGUGGCCUAUGGAAUAUGGGAUGGUGGUGA